GGUUUUAAAAUGAAUGCUUAAAAUCGCCGCCAACCGAUGCAGGGGAGCUGUUGAAAAAGCUCCCUCCAUUCCGCCUCACAUUUCACCGGCGACGAAGAGAAAGUGCUAAGUUAUACCGGGAUCUUCCAUUUUCACAAAUAUCCGCUAUAAAUCGAGAAAAUUAGGUUUUCUUGUGCUGCAUUAGAAUGAUAAAGACUUCGUUUCUGCCUUGCAAAACAUUAAAGUUCCCAUUAGCGAAAGUUGAAGGGUCUAGGCAGUUGAAGUGCAAGGGACCAAGGAUGGAGCUAACUCUGGUUCAACCUGAUGAUUGGCAUCUUCAUCUGCGCGAUGGUGAACUUCUUCAAGCUGUUGUCCCUCACAGUGCAAAUCACUUUGGGAGGGCAAUUGUGAUGCCAAAUUUGAAACCUCCAGUUACUACCACUGCUGCUGCUGUGACUUAUCGGGAAUCCAUUUUGAAAGCAUUGCCUACUGGUAGCAAUUUCAAUCCCCUAAUGACACUGUAUUUAACAGAUUCGACAAGUCCUGAUGAGAUCAAGCUUGCAAGUUGUAGCAAAGUUGUUUUUGCUGUUAAGUUGUACCCUGCUGGUGCAACCACAAAUUCCCAAGAUGGUGUCACAGACCUAUUUGGAAGAUGUUUGCCUGUCCUUGAGCAGAUGGUUGAGCACAACAUGCCUUUGCUGGUUCAUGGGGAGGUUACAGAUCCCAGUGUUGAUGUUUUUGAUCGUGAGAAAGUCUUCAUCGACACUGUUUUGCGACCUUUAAUCCAAAGGCUUCCAAAGUUAAAAGUUGUGAUGGAGCAUAUCACCACCAUGGAUGCUGUUAGGUUUGUUGAGUCUUGUGAAGAAGGAUUUGUAGCUGCAACUGUUACUCCUCAACAUCUUCUUCUCAAUAGAAAUGCUCUCUUUCAAGGAGGACUGCAACCACACAACUACUGCCUUCCAGUGCUCAAGAGAGAAAUCCACAGACAGGCUAUUGUUUCAGCUGUGACUAGUGGAAGUAAAAGAUUUUUCCUUGGAACUGAUAGUGCUCCUCAUGAGAGACGAAGAAAAGAAUGUCCUUGUGGUUGUGCUGGCAUUUAUAAUGCCCCAGUUGCCCUAGCCUUAUAUGCAAAGGUCUUUGAAGAGGCGGGUGCACUUGACAGACUAGAGGCAUUUACAAGCCUUAAUGGUCCAGACUUCUAUGGUCUUCCAAGGAACACAUCAAAGAUUAAAUUGAUCAAGACUUCAUGGAAAGUUCCAGAGUCUUUCUCAUUUUCAUUCGGUGAUAUCAUUCCUAUGUUUGCAGGUGAAACACUAGAGUGGCAAGCAUCCUCUUCGUAACUUGUAGGUCAGUUUUUACGAACAGACUAAUUUCAAAUUGUUUUACUGGUCAUUAAUGUGCCUGCAUAGUAUGUUGAUUGCUGACAGUGUGAACUUGUAUUGUUUUCAAACUAGAGUUGAAGCAAACAAAAUUUUGUUACUUUUUCAAACAACCUUAUAUUAGAUAAUGAUAUGCAGCUCGGUGCAAAUUUUUGGUGGUUUGCUUUAUGUUGUGGAAUGUCUAAUUAACACCACACGUUUUAUUAGUUUGUUGGUUUACAAUUAGAAGUUUAGAACUCUAAAUCAAAAGCCUAGAAGGCAGACAGAAAGGAGGAAAACAACAAUUGAAUAGUCCUACUAUGGGACUUACAGUUGCUGGUAGAACAUUACCUGGAUAAAUUAUUUGUAUGCUAUGUAUUCACUAAUUCACAUGAGUAAUGAAAUAACACCAAGAAAUUAAAAUAUAAUCCUCCAAGUAGUUGUAAAAUGUAUAUGGAAGAUAUCAUAGAGAGGUAAAAGUUUUUCAGCGGCACAAAUUCAUACAGCUCCCUAGGGUUUUUCAUAGGUGCAGCACGGGAAGUGAAUCUCUUAACUAUUACGGACUUGAGAGUCUUAAGGUCUCAUAUUUCAACUUAUAAAUGGAUGGAGAAAAAUUUGAGAAAAGUGAUGGCUAUAAUUGUAUUUUUAUUUUUCCUUAUCAGCACGGCUAUCAUUGAAUAACCUACAGGACAUAGGAUUCCCCAGCAUUAUAACAAGUUAAUUAUAAUUUGACACGUCAGAGUAUGGAUACCGAUUCCUAUGGGUCCAAGUGAAUGAAAAAUGUUCUCAUUU